ACUAGUAUUAAUUUGGUUUUAUUAAAUAGAUGAAAACAGUGCAUUUUAAAUUUUGUAAUUUAAAAAAUAUUAAAUUUCUUUUGUAUUGAUUAUUAACGAUUUUAAUUUUGUGUUUUAGAAAUGGAUUCUGAAACAGUCGUUGACUUGACACAAUCCGAAGAGCAUUCUUCAAUACUACGUAAGCUUCUAAGUACUCCUCCACCUCCACCACUUAAACAGCAACAGCAACAGCAACAGAAACAGCAACAGAAACAGCAACAGCAACAGCAACAGCAACAGCAGCUGACACAACAACCGUCUACUUCUUCAUCUUUCGCUAGUAACACUCUAAAAUUUAUUCGACUGUCGGAAAAUGGAUUUCCACCCGAACGUUGUUCACCAUUAGCUGCGGGCUUUGAUUUAAGAAGUGGAGAAAAUGUAGUUAUAAAAAAAUGGGAUCGUAAAUUAGUAAAAACAAAUAUUGCGAUAGUAUUACCAGACGAGUGUUAUGGUCGAAUAGCGCCGAGAUCAGGUCUAUCUUUAAAAAACGGUAUACAUGUAGGUGCUGGAGUUAUUGAUCCAGAUUAUAGAGGAAACGUAGGAAUAGUGCUGUUUCAAUUUAUCAAACGAUAA